AGCAAGACAAGUAGCAACUAUAAAUUUUUCAUUCAAGGCGGAAUGACGGAGUCUAUUAAUUCUAGAUAAUUAUAUUAAUUCUUUCAAGAAGUUACAUUUUAAAGUGACAGUGAAAAUUUUCAUAUUUUAGUGCUCAUACUUAGUAAAUAUAUUCUUGUAUAAUGUGAGCUCGUGAAAUUUGUAAAAAAUCAUAUUUUAAAGUAAUAGAAACAAAAAUACUACUAUACUAUUACUUUCUUGUUGCUAGUUUAGAAUGCAAUGCUCCCUCGCCGUCGAAACGUUGGUGUGUCUGACAGGACGAAUUUGUUACAAGAAGAGGUAAUACCGUACAACAAAUUAAAUAAAAACGGAUCUGUUAUUCAGCAGCCGCAUCCACCUAAUUUGGAACAAAAUUUACAAAGAGGUUUUACCGAAACUGAAAUUGCAUUUGAUUUCUUGGAAGAAUUUGUAUUUGAACCUGUAAUGGCAGCCAGAGAUAGGACUCAGGAGUUUGCAUCAACAGUCCGAAGCCUUCAAGGAAGAACUUUGGCUAGACCGAUAGUUAAAGAUGAACGCAAAGCAGCUGUUCUCGCCACAUAUUCACAAUUCAUGAGUAUGGCAAAAGUAAUAAGUAAAAACAUAACUAGUACUUAUGCCAAACUUGAAAAACUUGCAAUGUUGGCAAAAAAGAAGUCUUUGUUUGAUGAUCGACCAAUGGAAAUAUAUGAGCUAACAUAUAUUAUUAAAGGUGAUUUAAGUUCACUCAAUCAGCAGAUUGCUAGGUUGGAUGAAAUGCCGAGAGGUCGAAAAAGUAUGUAUAAUCAUUCAUCCAGUGUUGUGAUAGCCCUACAGUCCAGGCUUGCCUCUAUGAGCAAUCAGUUUAAACAGGUCUUGGAAGUUAGAUCAGAAAAUCUAAAGCAUCAAAAUAAUAGACGUGAACAAUUUUCAAGCUCAGCACCACUUGUCAAAGAAACACCAUCUUUAUUGCAACCUGAUGAAGUCAGUAUAGAUUUAGGAGAAACAUCGAGCUUACAAACACAACAAUUAGCAUUAAGAGAUGAUACUGACUCGUAUGUGCAGCAGAGGGCAGAAACUAUGCACAAUAUUGAGAGCACAAUUGUAGAAUUAGGAGGUAUCUUUCAACAAUUGGCUCACAUGGUCAAAGAACAGGAUGAAGCUAUUGGCAGAAUUGAUGCAAACAUUCAUGAUGCUGAAAUGAAUGUAGAGGCAGGUCACAGAGAAAUAAUGAAGUACUUCCAAAAUAUAACUGGCAAUCGAGCACUCAUGUUUAAGAUCUUCGGAGUGUUAAUAUUUUUCUUUAUAUUUUUUGUUGUAUUUAUGGCAUAGAAUCCACUUAAACACAUU